AUGGCUUUAAUAAUCUUACUUGAAGUUUCCUUAGCCAUCGUUUGUUUUACCAUCCUUUGUUUCUUCCUCUUCAAGAAACCUCAUGACGGCUUCCUUAGAAACUGGCCAGUUUUAGGGAUGCUUUUGGGUCUGCUCGUGGAGUUCCAUCAGAUCUAUGAGUUUAGUGUGGAGAUUCUCCGGAACUCUAACUUGACAUUUCCAUUCAAGGGCCCGUGGUAUUGUGGAAUGGAUAUGUUGUUCACGGUUGAUCAAGCAAAUAUUCAUCAUAUAAUGAGCUCAAACUUCUCCAACUACACAAAAGGUCCAGACUUCAAAGAAGUAUUUGAUGUUCUUGGAGAUGGGAUACUCACCGCGGACUCGGAGCUAUGGAAGAAUCUAAGGAAAGCUUCUAAAGUCAUGUUUAGCCACCAAGGGUUUCGAAGGUUGUCAAUGAGUACCACGAGAAGAAAACUCGAGGAGGGUCUUGUUCCUCUUUUCAAUCACUUUGUAGAGGAAGGAACUGUCGUGGACUUGCAAGAUUUGUUCGUGAGGUUCAUGUUCGACACAACCCUAAUGAUGGUUACCGGGUGUUCUGAUCCUAGAUCUCUCUCCAUUGAAAUGCCAGAGGUUGAUGAGUUCGCGAAAGCUCUCAACGAUGUAGGAGAAGGAAUUAUGUAUAGGCACGUUAAACCGAGGUUCUUGUGGAAGCUGCAAAGAUUAGUUGGAGUGGGACAAGAGAAGAAGCUGUCUAAAGCUAACGCCACUUUGAAACGAAUGUUUGCACAGUUUAUAUCAGCUAAGAGAGAAGAGAUAAGAUCACGAGAGAUUACAAACAUUUUCAAUGGAGAAGGUGAGGAUCUUUUGACAUCCCACACGAAGCUAGAUGCAACAAAGUACAAGCUCUUGAACCCAAGUGAUGAUAAGUUCCUCAGAGACACUAUGUUAUCUUUCAUUCUAGCCGGGAGAGAUACUACUGCUUCUGCUCUUACUUGGUUCUUUUGGCUUUUGUCCGAGAACCCUAAAGUUGUCACUAAGAUUCUCCAAGAGAUCAAAACAAAUCUACCAAGAACAAGUAGCCAAAAGACGCCGUGUUAUGGUGAUGAUGAUUCCAUGCAGUACUACUUGAACAAACUGGUGUAUUUACGUGGCGCCUUAUAUGAAGCAAUGAGACUUUACCCGCCGGUUCCAUUCGAGCGAAUGUCUCCCAUAAAUCCAGACAAGCUUCCAAGUGGGCAUAAAGUCGACGCGAGUAUGAAGAUUUUGAUAUUUAUUUACGCCUUGGGGAGGAUGGAAGCAGUAUGGGGAGAAGAUGCCUUGGAGUUCAAGCCAGAGAGAUGGGUUUCAAAGACAGGAGGGUUGAUAGAAGAGCCUUCUUACAAGUUCUUUACGUUUAAUGCUGGCCCAAGAUCUUGUCUUGGUAAGCACUUAGCUAUGACAAUAAUGAAGACAGUGGUCGUGGAGAUAUUACAAAACUAUCAUGUUGAAGUUGUCCAAGGCCAAAAGAUUGAACCAGCUCCUGGUCCUAUUCUUCGCAUGAAGCACGGUCUUCGAGUCACACUUACUAAAAGAUGCUCUGAUGUGAUCUAA